AUGCUCCACGUGCUGUGGUGGUACCUGCUCUUGGUGCGACUUCAGCUCGCAGUGAGCGAGUCUUGCGACAGUAGCGAUGGCGGCAGCGAGAGCAGUUUCGUGGCUUUGCCUCCCCGAACUCGCCGAUGCCUUGCGGCUAACUUCAAAUUCCCUGACCUCAAGCGGCUCGCAGAGUCAGGACACUUUCGUGAGGUGUGGGGGUCAUCUGAAGAGAUGGAGCAGUGGUUUCGUGAGCACUUUGCCUGCAGGCGUUCUGGUCUGCUUCAAGAGUCAAUGCAAUUUGAUGUGGCCAACUUUGCCAACGUCGCCAAAGCCAUGACGACUGUCGAUUGGAAAGCUAUCGAGUGGGGCAAAGACAUCCCAAUCCCAAUGACGAAGAAGGAGCACAACUUCGGCUAUGGGAAAUUGUUGGUGAAUGGCCUCUAUACGAUGUUGGCCUUUGCUCAGUCGGAUUCCACGGAUUGGAGAGCCUACGUGCAGGGUUUGGGUUCACUGCUUGGCGAAGUGGCAUUGGAGCUGGUGCCCGGCGUUGGGCCCAUACUAAGCGCCGCCCUCACCUUCGCAUUGGCCUUCUUCCAACCCGAGGAUGACGCGAUGGCCGACCUCUACAACAAGAUCAUGGCUGAGGUAAAGUUGCUCAUCAGGGCGCAGGAAGUGAAAGACGCAAUGAGUGCAGCCAAAGGCCAGCUGGCCGGUUUCAUGCAGAUGCUGUCUGCCAUGCCAACGGAUUUCGUGGUAGAUCCUAGCAGCCCUUUGUCUAAAGAGCAGCAGUGGUACAACGUCCUGCAGCGCUAUAUCUCCGUGAUGGAUGCUUCGGAAUUCAACAUCUUUGGCAACGAGGCCAACUGCACGAUGCCUAUGUCGGUGCCCAUGCAGCCGUGGUCAGUGAAGGAUGCCAGCGACGAUUGCCUGGAAUUCUGGGCCUCUGGUGCUUUCAUUUUCCAGUUUCAGUACGUCAUGAUCCACCUCAACACCAUGGCUCAGAUGGCGGCUUUUGGGUCGAAGGACCAGACCAUGACCGUGCUAUCAGCUUUGCAAGGCAAAGCCAAGACCUACUUCUCUUUGCUGAAUGCUUCGCUGCUAGGCCUGGUGAAGGGUCUUCCGCCGGAUCCAGAAUGCAAGUGGAUCGUUCCUCAGCCCAGCCUUCAUAUCCAAGGAAUGUUCGUUUCCAGGGCCAAUGGCGGCCACAUGCAAGACGCGCUGUGGAAUGGUCAUAGCUUGCGAUGCGUUCUUGGAUGUAUAGAUGCCGUACAGGAUGACUUUGAUUUGAAGUGGGCACCGGGGACCAAUGUGAACCAAGUUGGGAAUCUUGGUGACUACCGCAGCUUGCCAUGCAGCAGGCCGCCCAUAUUCAUCACAGGCUCGGACGUGAAGCCAGGGACCCUCGAUGAGAAAGCAACGUUUCGGCUGUGCAGCUCAUUUGGCUUCCACUACCUGUCGGACUUAGUGACCAACGAGACCAUGCUGACCUUCGAGCCCAUGGUGCAAGCUCUGCUCAACCUAUCCCUUGGAGAAGACGACUCGAAAGAGAUCAUGGAUUGGCUCACGGCUUCGCCUCCGGGUCCCAACGGCUCAGAGGCUGUGAACAGCACGGUCAUUGGCGAGUUUUGUGGCCCAGUCUGCACAUAUCUUAGCUACAACGCUUGCAACAGCGAGGACAAUUGCCAAAGGGCCAGUUCCGUGCAGGACCUCAUCAAGUGCACGGAGGUGUGUAGUGAAGCCCUGGAGGCUUUCGCCAACUCCAGCAAGACCAGGUGCAACUGCAAGAGCAUCGUGUGCCCAGCCUUCAAGCGCGGCAUCCUCAACAAGCUCAAUAACUUGCCUUAUGAGUCCUGGUACCACGACUCUGAUACCUUGAACCCGGACUCCUCGAAAGAGGUGGGGCCAGUGGUGUUUGCUGCUUGGCAGGCCUCGCUAUUGAAGACCGGGGGUCACCAGGGACAGUGUGAAAUUGAGUGCAACCGCCUCUUCCCGAUCACAACCCUGGAUGUGCCAAACCCCUGGUACUAA